GCAAUGUCAUUCGGUGGUGGCCUCCUCAAUGUAUGCCCGAUUCAUCCAUCUUCACUUUCUCCUACUGAUUUGUUGAGCGAUUGGCUCUUGCCUGUUGGUUUGUUCCACUGUAAAGUGUUUUGUUGCUUAUUCUUUCUGGCCAUUCAAUCUUCAAUAUGGAGGCAGCCAUCGAAGGUGGCAGAUGUUGAUAAAAGUUUGCAACCUGUUGGAAAUCCUUUUCGUCACAUACAUUGCAAGUUUCUGACCCCUAUAGGAGAACCGAUUAACUUCAAAUUGGUGUUGAAAAUGUGCGAAUCUUGUUCCUUAUGCUGAGUAUGGAUGGUUUCCAAACUGGUUUCAGGUUGAUGAAGGCGCGUAUCUUGCCUUUCUGGAGAGGUUUCGCGUGCGUUUCGGAUUGUGAGGGCGAUUGUU